AUGCUGAAAUACGUUUGGCCAAAAGGGAAUUGGAAAAUUCGGCGACUUUUCAUUUACUCCAUGAUGCUUCUCAUAUUAGCUAAGGUUUUGAACGUUUACGUGCCGUUUUUGUUGAAACAUGUGGUUAAUUUUUACAACGAACGAGCGCCAGCGGAUUUCAAGCUUACAACGGACAGUUACAUGAAUAUUGGUUCCGCUCUGUUCAACGAGCUUCGUAACGCAGUUUUUGCGCGUGUCGCGCAGCACAGCGUUCGCAAUAUUGCUCGUCAGAUAUUCCUACAUUUGCACUCGCUCGAUCUGUCGUUUCAUCUGAGUCGUCAAACGGGCGGAAUGUCGAAGGCCAUCGAUCGUGGUACCCGUGGUAUGGCAUUCGUGCAGAGCGCACUGUAUGUGAAUUGUGGUCCAUCGUUUACGAUUGCAACACUGGCCUGCCUUUCAACCUAUGCUGCUUCAACAUUGGCUAUAACACAGUGGCGGACGAAAUUUCGUCACCAGAUGAACCAGGCUGAUAAUGAUGCCGGCAAUCGAGCCAUCGACUCGCUGAUUAACUAUGAAACUGUCAAAGUAAGCUUCACUUCAUAUUUUUUCAGUUGCGUUGGUGUACUAGAGGACUGUGGCGCAGCUUUUUAG